ACCGGACAGCGGGAACGGGAACACAACCGGGACCGGGACAGCGGGAACGGGAUUAAAACACCGGGACCGGGACAGCUGGACCGGGACCAGGACAUUGGGAACGGGAUCGGGACAUUAGAACCGGCAUUAAAACAGCGGGGCCGAGACUGGGACAUCGGAACCGGGACACUGGGACCGGGAUCAGGAUUGGGACACCGGGACUAGGACUGGGACUGGGAUACUGGGAGUGAGACCGGGACCGGUACCGGGAUACUGGGAGCAGAACGGAGCUGAUUCCGGGACAGCAGAACCGGGACCAAGACCAGAGAGAGGAUGCGGGUGACCCUGGUGACCCUGCUGGCCCUGGUGGCCCUGGUGGCCUCGGCAGGCUCAGGGACACCGGAACCCACCCAGGUGGCCCAGCUGGUGACAGAUUUUGGGCUGCGGCUGUUCCGGGCGGCGCUGGCGGCCCGAGGUGACACCAAUGUUGUCUUCGCGCCCUACGGGGCCACCUCGGUGCUGGUGGCCCUGCAGGUGGCCACGGCCGGGAGGGGACGGCGGCAGCUGGAGGUGGCCACCGGCUUCAGCAUCGACGGCCCGGGGGUCUCGGCCGAGCUGCGGGGGCUGCGCCGGGCGCUGGGGGGUCCCGGCCACACCCUGGAGGUGGCCCAGGGGGUCUUUGUGGCCCGCGGGGUGGCCCUGAGGGGUGGCUUUGUCACCCGCCUGGCGCGGGCCCUGGGGCCCCGCAGCCUCGCCCGCCUGGACCUCGCAAAUGGGGAGGGGGCCAGGAGGGUCCUCAACGCCUGGGCCCGGGCCAGGACCCGCGGGCUGGUGGCCGGCCUGGUGGCCCCCGGGGCGGUGGCUCCCGGUGCCCGGCUCCUGGUGGCCAGCGCCGAGUUCUUCGGGGGGUCCUGGGCCGUGCCCUUCCCCCCCCGCGCCACCCGCGCCCGGCCCUUCCUGCGGCCCGGGGACAGCGGGGACAGCGGGGACACCGCUCCCAUGAUGGAGGUGACGCUGCGGCUGCGCUGCGGUGAGCCCGGGGACACCUGGGGACACCUCUUCUCCCUGGAGACCUCCUGGGACCUCCGGGGUCCCCUCAAGGCCUUGGGGGUCCUCGACCUCUUCGACCCCGAGCGCGCCGACUUCUCCCCCCUGACAG